UUUCGAAAAGUCUCUGUGCUAUAAAUGCGUAAUAGUAAGAAUGUGUAGGUAGAAUUGUUGUCUUUAUUCUUGGAUUGGAUAAAACAUGAGGACUAUUUUGAAGUUAUUAUAUCCCGUCGUGGUAUUUCUGAUUGUGUUCAUGCUCACUUAUGUCCUUUUUUAUCGAAUGGCUAAAAAGUACCGAACUGUUCCUAAGGGUGAACCUAUAAAGACAGACCUCGGUUUCGCCUACGAGACAGACGAAGAAAUCGAGGAAGUAGAAAUGCCUUCGUUUGACAUCGAUUUGAGGUUAAUUAAAGCUGUAGAUAAACUCCAACAACACGGGUCUCCUGAAAUAGCACCGGUAAACUUUGAAAAAUUUAACUAUAUGUUAAACCCGAGAGGUGCUUGUGAUGGAUUUCGUAAAGAAGCCAAUGCUUCUUAUGUUCUCGUGUUGGUGAAAUCGGCUCCGGAUCACGCGCGCCUAAGGCAGUGGUUGAGAGUUCUGAUGAAUGAUACCAAGGGCAGGUUCGGGCAACAUCUUCGAUUACUUUUCUUGUUGGGAUUUUCCAAGAAGAGUAACAGGGAUAUCUAUUUAGAGGGCACCAAGUACGGAGAUAUAAUUCAAAGAGAUUUCAUUGACACUUACAGAAACCUGACAUUCAAAACUAAAAUGGGCUACGAAUGGGCAAUGUCCUUUUGUAAGCCUGCCAGCUUUAUUGUAUUCCAAGAUGACGACUUCUUCAUCAAUGUUAAGAACGUGUUCGACUUUCUUUCUCGGCAGUAUAAGCCUGAUGAGUUAUUUACAGGACAUCUUGUCCCGGCGGGGGCAUCGGUGGUCAGAGAGCGAGCCAGUAAAUGGUUCGUGUCCAACAUUUUGUUUUCUAGUGACGCUUUUCCGCCCUAUUUUCCUGGCGGUAGUUACAUGGUUAGUUCGAGAAUAGCAAAGAGAUUGACCCUGGCUUUCCCGUACGUACAGGAUAUUCCAGUUGAUGACGUUUACUUGGGACUCGUGGCAUCAAAACUGGGCAUUCCUUUAAAACACUCUUCUCUGUUUGAUUUUGCAAGCUGUCAAAACUGGAAUAAAUGUUUGGCAUGUAAAGCCUUUAUCUAAAAUUUUAUGUCUGUUUU